AUGUCGUCGUUCGAGACCAACCAGCCGUUUCCGCAAUUCCCUGUCGAUGAGCUCGAGAGGGUUUCGCAGCCACAGUCGCCGGAUGACGACGAGCAGAGUCUCAUGUCGCCGGUGUAUGAUGAUGUUGAGGUCGAGGAUGAUGCAGACUUCCAAUCCCACUACUCGCUGGACACCCAAUCGCUGUCGGAUGUCUCGUCCGACUCCGACUCCGACGAGUCUCCCGAGGAUGGCAUUGCCAUCCACCACCCUUUCCAUGAGUCGACCGAUGGGUUCAAAGCCUUUGCGCCUCCGUUUUACAAUCGACCCCCGACUCCGUUACCUCCUUCUCCUUCGCUGACAUCGCUCCUCCGACCUCCCUUUUCCACUACCACCUCCCGCCCGACCACCCCGGAUAGUUCUGAUGUCGAAACGCCCAACGACACAGAGGCAGCCGUCGCCAAAUCGGCUCGCCGAGCCACGACGGUGCCUAGAGCGAGCCCCAAAGUACCGACCUAUGAAUACUACGGUUUUGUCUUAUAUCUUGCCUCCUCGUUCGCGUUUUUGAUGUACAUCCUGUGGUCCUACCUGCCAUCUCCGUUUCUUCACCAGCUAGGAAUAUACUACUAUCCUAAUCGGUGGUGGUCACUUGCGAUGCCCUCCUGGAUCGUCAUGACGAUCAUCUACACCUACGUCGCGCUGGCAUCCUACAAUACCGGCUACCUGACACUCCCCAUGAACAGUAUCAAGAACAUCGUGGACGAGGUCGCAAACGUCGCAGUCAUUGACGGCAAAGGCCGGCGGCGACCGGGCGGGUCUUCCAAGAUGAAGCCCGGGGCCACUUCCUUCCAGAUCAUGGGUCCCCAGAAUCGAAAAGUGAGCUGGAGGGAGAUCUGGAGUGAAGGCACCGAUGCAGUUUUGGACGUACCUGUUGGUGGAGUAUGUGAAGUGCUCUAUGGGCAGGAAAGAGACGACGAAGACUUAUUCGAGCGGCCCGCCAACUUGACAGACUAG